AAAAAUAUUAAAGAUGUAAUUCAACAUCAACCCACAUCCAUAAUUCAUGUGUCUGGUUAGAAAUAGAGCCAAAGGGGAUGUUUGUAGUGAGAAUAGGUUUUGGUUUUGGGCGUUUUGGGUUGUUGAGAGUUGAGGAGGGAAUCUAUUAUGCUUUUUUUUUUUUUUGCUUUUUUACUUUUUACUGAUUCUCGUCUAUAUCACAUCUAAUUCUAAACCAGCUUCAUCACCUUUCUGCCUUUUCUCUUUGACUCUUUCUUUUUCUUAUUUCUCUUCUUCUUAUACAUUUUCUCUUUUAAUGGUUUCAGGUCUUCGCUGAUUUGGGUCUUCUUCUUCUUCUUCUUCUUCUUCUUCUUCUUCUUCUACCUUUGCGUUUUUCUACUGGACCCUUUUUCUGUUUCAUGAUUUCAGGAUCUCCAUCUUCAUGGGGUGAGGGGUCUCCUCCGCUUCUCACUUUGAUAAACAAAGAGUCACAGUGGUUAACUAGGAAGGAUGGAGAAGAGAGACGCCAUGGUAGCUCAGAGGAGAAAAAGCUUGAGCUCAGGUUGGCUCCACCAGAACAAGAUUGGUCCAACACAGUCGCCAACAACAAAAAAAGUGAACAUCAGUCUCUUCUCUGCCUUGGUUUCUCCUCUUCAACCGCCAACAAUGUAAACCAAAACCAUCCAUGGACGACUCACCACCACAAACAACACAACUCUCCUCCUCCAUUUCUCCACUUUUCAAGCACCCCCACAACGGGAGGAGUUCCACACCCACAGCCCUGCUUGCCUGUUAUGGUAAAGGAAUCGUCACAGCCGUGUUGCACUAAAUUGGUAGACCUGCAAAAUGCAGAGAAGAAAGCGUUUUCACCAUCUCCUGCAAAUACAGCUGUUCUCAACACCUCUCAGAAAAGAAGUGCUUCUGGUCCAGUGGUUGGUUGGCCUCCAAUUCGAUCAUACAGGAAGAAUCUUGGUACCAGCAGCUGUUCAAAGGCAGCAAAUGGGGACCAAAGCAGUGAUGAGAAAGCAGCUGAAGUUAGUUGUAAGAAAGGCAUGUUUGUCAAAAUCAACAUGGAUGGAGUUCCCAUCGGGAGAAAAGUGGAUCUCAAAACCCACGACAGCUAUCAAAAGCUUUCUACUGCUGUUGAUCAACUCUUCAGAGGUCUUCUUGCAGGUAUUCUUCUUCAUUGUCUUCUCCACUUGGGUAUGGAAUACAUACCCUUUUCCUCUCAUUAUUAUGCUUUUUAGGUGAUAAUUGGAAUAUGAGUAGUUCUUUUUUUUCUUUGGUUCCUCUUGUUUUUAUGAUAUUAAAUAAUUUGACUGAAUCGAUUAGAAAGAGCUCAAUCAAGUGUUUAUAUUCUGACGUGCCUCUCACGGCUAAGUUAAUUAGGUUAAAACGUGAAUCAAAUAUUUAUACUCCUACUUGCCUCUCAUGAGUAGGUACACCUGUGUGAAGGCGUGAAUUAAAGCAUAGGUU